CGCCGGAAGUUGAGAUGCGCAUGCGCACAUGACGAUCAGAGCGACAUGGAGGAGCUGAAAAUUCUCUCGUACUUUGCUUCUUUCAACCACAUUUCUAAGAAAAUAGCUUUGCGUGAAAAGUCUUUAAUCAAAUAUUUAGGAAACAGGUGGACAAAAUAUUCACCCGAACAGCAAGAAGAAUUACUCAACGACCUGUAUGUACCCUACUCAAUACGCCAGCUGUAUCCUUCCAAAGCUUCAGACAAGGAAGGGAACGAGAAAAUGAAACAGUGUUGGCCAGUACUCAAAUUAUCGUCAGGAGAAAAGAUUAUGGUGGACGAAAACGAUAUAUGGACAUGGCGUGAUGAGCACUCUGGUCCUUUCUCAUGGAAGUCCAAGAGUCAGCAGGAUCUCACACUUUUAGAUUUGGACAAUGAAAACCUUACAAAGCAACAUAACAGAUGUGUCAAGUCAGAAACAGAGGAGCAGGAAACAGACCAAGUCAUUAGAAAUGAUAAAUAUUUUUCACUAAAUGCACCUACAUGGACACAAGUAGUGCUAGAAGAAUACAGUGGGUGUGGAUGUCUAGAAUUUCAAACACCUGUGCAUAGUCCAUCUGGAUCGGCCAGUUUGGUGGAAAGUCUGCUAGAGGAAGUUAAUCCAGCUUUUGAAGGAAGUGUUAAUGACCUCUCUGCUUCUGCAAGCCCAUCCCAUGGGGUGGUGCUUACUUCACCAGAAGUGAAGACACUUCAAAAUAUAACCACCGACAAGCAGUCAGACAUACAGGUGUCAUCAGCAAAAGUUAACAAGGGAAAAAAGACUACUUCUCCAAACAAGACUCAUCAGACUGGCAGUUUUAAAAAAGAUACUAAUAAAGGGAAGUCAUCUGCUGAUGCUGCCCAACAGUUACUUAUAAAGGACUCAAAAGAAGAGGACAGGAAUGCAUUCAGCAAUCCAGUCAUGUGGUCAAAUUUUGUUGGGCAGACAUCUACAGAUUCUGAUGACGACAUAAAGCAGACAGUGCCUGUUUUAAAACAGUCAAUCAUAUCUUCAGUAAAAGAGCCUGAUACCAUGGAGAUGGAACGUGGCGAAACUACUGGCAAGAUAUCAGCAGAAAGCAGUCCAGACCACACCACACAACUUUUAAAGCCAUCAAGUGCAGAUUCAGAGGAGUUAGAUAAAGAGGAGGUACUGUAUAUUGUAAAGGGGCAGGCUGGAGUAUUGCUGUCUGCACAGAACAGUAGCUCCACAGAUGACAUUGAACUUCCCAAGACAGGCUUUGAUUUCCUUGAUAACUGGUGACAGUUUGUAACUAUGCCUUUGGACAGAGUUUAGAAAUAGACUAUAUGUAAUUUAUGUGCAAUAUUUUACUUAGAAUUGCUUAUCAUACAGACUGUCUCCAAUGAUGGCCAUAUCUAUCUCUCCUUUGCAACAUUCCAGGUUCCUGAACAUUGUACUCAAUAAUUACAUAUGUUGAUAAAAAUAACUUACAGUGUCAAUUGUAUAUAAUGUGUAUUUAAAUAAUAAAUAAAUUGACUUUUAACAAACGUUUCAUUUUAAUGGCAUGCAUUGUAAGCAUAAAAUUAGUCUUUAAAACAAAAUAUGCUUGCUCUCUUCUGGCUAUCAAAGUGAGAUGUGUAUUGGUGAUCUUGAAUGAUGAUGAAAUGAAUUCCAGAAGUACAAAUAUAUUUAAAACGAAGAUUAACCAUAAAAUGAGUGGGGGAUGAAGUACAACCAAGAUAAACUAUUUGAAAAUAACAGGAAAUUAUUUUAGAGGAGUUUAUAAAGUAUUGUGCAUUCUUAGCAUGAAAGUUUGUGUUCAUAUGCCCGAAAGUGUGCAUGGAAGUAUAUAUUUGAAAUAGAUCACAACAGGAAAUCCUGAUAAUGGCAUGCAUUUUAUUAAAAGUCUGUCACACUUCAAACUCUCAA